UCUAUCUAAGUUCGUAGGCGUCCUCUGUACCACCGUGGACAACGAUUACAGAGUGCGACCUGGGUAUGAUGGUUAAAGUUGUCGCCUCCACUGAAGCGAGCAACUGGUUGGACCACCCGCGAGCUAUCGAGGCAGUUAUCGGUAUUGGCAUCAGCUUGUGCGCCUUUUCCUUUAUCGUUGGGCGCAUGUACCCGAGAAGCCGAGGCGGGAAGACCGGCAGUCGACGCGGCAAGUGGUCUAACUGCGGCCGGUACUGGAUAGAGGGAGCGAAUAAUAAUCUAUAUGUGCAACACCAAGCUGGAACAAGCAUACCAUAUUCGGCGAUUCCGGCCCCGAUCUCGAACCCGGCUCCUCCAGGCGUUCCAUAUUACGCUGGAGGAACGGUUCACCCACCACCGGGUGUGCAAGUACCAUCUAUGCCAUCUGCCCCGGCAGCAACACCUGUUCAGUACCAUCCUGCACUCAACCAGUGGAACUCGCAACCAUGGGGUACACCUCAUCAGCAGUCCGUGGCAUGUCAAGGGAAUGCACCUUGGAUUGGGAAUCCACCCCAGUUCGUAGUGGCUGCGCAAGCACCGGUUCAAACGCCUGUUCCAAUGACACUGCCACAACAGCCCCCUGCUGCACACUUGAAUCCUCAAGGGUUCCAUGGCGGGCAUGGCGGUAGCUCCGCAUCAAGUGGAGGAGGUAAAGGCCCGACGGCUAAUAAUUUCCCUGGACCAGGAAAUCGGGCCUACUUUACCAAGGAAUACAUGGAGAUUUUGGAGAACAUCAAGUUUAGUAAGGCCAUUGAAGAAGCGAGGAAGAAGGUUGGAGUGCCACGGAUCAGCGUUGCGAAGCGGAGCAGUUCCCGGGCUUCGGAGUCCCAAGAUGAAGGGAACAGAGAUGACGCACGCUCAUCAGAGAAGAACGAGGACAUGAAAGCUUGGGUUACCACUACACUUGGUGAAUCACUGAAGCUCAUAAAUGCGAAAUUGGAGGCAGUGGACAAGAAAUCGAAAUUGGAUACGGCGGAGCGUGAUGAGUUGGAACGCCUCCGGAAGGAGGUACAAGGAGGUAAGGACAACAAGGAGCUCUCUAGUAGUGAGAAACGGAAGUGGGGUGUUGUUCACACCCCAGGGGAGAACUCCCCAUCCGCCGCUCGUGCAAAACCAAGGUCCAAAGGCUGCGCGAAGACCAAGCCGAAGCGCAUCGAACUCUCCGAUGACGAAGGUCCUUCUGGUACCAAACAGAAUCUGCAAGCUAAGUUGGAAAGCACAAGCAGUGAGUUGUCUGAUAUAAAACGAAUGCUCGCGUCGCUGAUGAGUGGCCUGCAAGAUCCGAAAGGGAAGGCUAAAGUCGUUCACCCCGGGACUACUAACGAAUGCCCGGUUGGUAUGGGCCCUGGCGCGACCAAAGUCGUACAGAACGCCCAAGCGGAGGGUGAUGACAAAGACCCCGAUGAUGACGGGUUUGCAGCGUACAUGAAGGUGCGAGCCGAGUUCUACGGCUCUCUUCACUACACACGUGUGCAGGAGCUGUGUAAAGAACGUGAAGUCGAGUACUUCAAGAAGGACGUUGCUGUGUGGGAGCUCGCUCAACAAGACCUGCAGGAUUACGCCGACUCAUUGAAAGAGGAUCGGGGUGAGAAAUCACGCCGGAAGGAGACUUCAGCUGAAUCAGACCACGACGACGUCGAGGAAGAUCGUGACACUGUAAAGGAAAACUAAGCUUGGGUAGUAUCAGAUCUAUUAGGCGGGCAGAUUAGCAACGCGAAAAA